AUGUUCCCCACAUACACUCAACUGUUCGCCGCGGCUUGCGCUUUUGCGACCACCGCCAACGCUGUCACUCCCAUCGAAGUCAAGGGCAAGGACUUUGUCAACAGCAAGACUGGUGAUCGCUUCCAGAUCCUGGGUGUCGACUACCAGCCCGGUGGUUCUUCUGGCUUCAGUGCCACUGAAGACCCCCUGAGUGAUGCAGAUGCCUGCUUGCGCGAUGCUGCUCUUAUGCAGAACCUGGGUAUCAACACUAUCCGUGUGUACAACCUGUCUCCCAAUGUCGACCACAGCAAGUGCGCCUCCAUCUUCAACGGUGCGGGUAUCUACAUGAUUCUCGACGUGAACUCCCCUCUGUCCGGUGGCUCGCUUGACCGCACCAACCCUUCGAGCACCUACAACUCCGUCUACUACGAGCAGGUCUUCGGUGUCAUCGAGGCCUUCAAGAAUUUCCCCAACACCCUGGGUUUCUUUGCCGGUAACGAGGUUAUCAACGAGCAGAGUGUCUACGAGGCCCCUGCCUACGUUCGUGCCGUCGUCCGUGAUAUGAAGGACUACAUCUCCACCAACGUCAACCGCUCCAUCCCUGUGGGUUACUCCGCUGCUGAUGUGCGCCCCAUCCUCAUGGACACCCUUGACUACUUCGAGUGCAACCUGGAGAACUCGACCAGUUCUCGCUCCGACUUCUUUGGCCUUAACUCGUACUCUUGGUGUGGCGAGUCGUCCUACAAGGCUUCCGGCUACGACGUCCUGACUGAGGACUUCUCGAACGCCUCACUGCCCGUUUUCUUCUCCGAGUACGGUUGCAACGCCGUCCAGCCCCGUGUCUUCACCGAGGUGCAGGCCCUCUACGGCAGCGAGAUGGACCAGGUCUUCUCCGGUGGUCUGGUCUACGAGUGGACCCAGGAAGCCAACGAGUACGGUCUCGUGGCCAUCAACAGCAGCGACACUGCCACCCUGUUGGUCGACUAUGAGAACCUUCAGAAGCAGUACAACAAGUUGGACAUGAGCAGCAUUGAGUCCUCCAACUCGUCCCAGACCUCCAAGGAGGCUGUGACCUGCAGCUCUUCUCUGAUCACCAACAACACCUUCCUGAACUCUUGGGACCUGCCUACCGUUCCCUCCAAGGUCGCUGACUGGAUCAAGAACGGCUACACCAACGCCACCGUUGGCAGCCUCGUUGCCGUGUCUGCCACCACCAUCCCCCAGACCAUCUACGACUACAACGGCAACAAGGUCUCCAGCGUCAAGUACAAGGUCCUGUCCGACGAUGAGUCCAACACCCCCGGCAACUCCACUUCCCUCACCAGCAGCUCGAACAGCAGCUCCAGCACCUCGAGCUCUAGCUCUAGCUCCAGCUCGGGCUCCUCCAGCUCCGACUCUUCUACCUCGGGAAGCAGCGCCCUGCCUGCCCCCUUCAUGGGUGUGUUGACCGGUGCCACUCUGUUCGCCGUCUUCAUGCUGUAG